AAGAUGGCAUCCAGCAACCUAAGUGCUGAGGAGGAGCGGAGCCUGAUGGAAUGCGAGCAGUACGUCCAGAAGCACAACAUCCAGCAGCUGCUGAAAGAUUGCAUCAUCCAGCUGUGCACAGCACGGCCGGAACGACCCAUGGCUUUUCUGAGAGAGCACUUUGAAAAACUAGAGAAGGAGGAGGCUAAAAAGGUGGCUCCACAGCACAAGGCCAACUCUGUGUCAGACUCUCGUGAGGAUGAAGUGUCUCCACCCAUGAACCCUGUGGUCAGAGGUCGGAGCCGGAGAGGAGCGAUCAGUGCCGAGGUGUACACGGAGGAAGACGCCGCCUCGUAUGUCAGAAAGGUGGUUCCUAAAGACUACAAGAGUAUGGCAGCUCUGGGCAAAGCCAUGGAGAAGAACGUGCUGUUUGCUCACCUGGAUGACAAUGAGAGAAGGUGAGUGCAACAAACAUCUCACUUCAUCUUCUGGAAUCUGGCAGAGUCGUCUGCUG